AUGGGUCAGGCUGCCACAAAGGAGCAUCGCCAUGCCCACGAUGGCUCCUCGUCUUCCGCUACCUCCCCUUCCUACCCUUCAACCGUAGACGGCGGAGCGCUGGAACCUCAGGGAGUCUAUCCACCACCUCACGACUACGAUCACGACGUAGUCAAGUCGGCCAUCGUACAGCGGAAACUCAUGCCCUUUUACAAGGGCCAAGAUGAUGAAGAUGCCUACUCUGGCCAAGUGUUCAAUACCGAAUGUCCCAUUUGCUUCUUGUACUAUCCAUCGACGCUGAACCAGACACGCUGCUGCUCGCAACCCAUUUGCACCGAGUGCUUCGUGGCGAUCAAGAGGGCGGAUCCGAACCAUACCAACCCACCGUCUUCGCAGCCAGCUGAAUGUCCCUUUUGUACGGCAGACAACUUUGGUGUCGUCUUUGCAAAACCAAAUUUGUCGCCCGCCGAGGAAGGACAUGCCGAAGGCAGCACGAGCACAUCGCACGCGAGGAGAAAGAGCUUUGCGCAUACCAACCCAGAUGUGCUGACUACAGACAUGGUGCGGCCUGAUUGGCAGCAGAAGCUCACAAAUGCCCAGGCUACCAUCCUCAGGCGGGCAAAUCGAAGGAUCAUCAUGAGACAGGUCGGAGAGCGGCUCGUUCCCAUCGGGGUGUCAUCUUCGCGUGUUGGUGCCGAGCUCCCAGAGGGAACAGGACCUGGUGGUGCGAUCAUCCUCCGCGAGGGUGAGGAAUGGGGUCCUUACUCAGGAAGCGACAAUGGGCCCAGGAACCGUCGCAGCAGUAGGCGAGGUGGUGCGAGUGGCAGUGGCUUUGCGCAGAUAGCGGGACAGGACAUGGAAGAGAUGAUGUUGAUGGAGGCUAUGCGUCUUUCUCUCCUCGAGCACGAAGAACAGCAAAGGCGCCAAGCACAGCAACAGCAAAGCUCAGCCGCUGCGACUAGCAUACCUCAAAAUACGGCGGCUGCACCUUCCAGCACGGCCGAGCAGCAUGCUUCCUCCCCAAUCAACCCAAGUAGUGCCAGCCUGGGACGGUCUUCUUCGACUUCUCGUGGCCAGCCGAUGGCUCCGGCUUCUCGCAGGGCGAACCGGCUAUCGCAAGACAUCCGUAAUGCGACGCCUUUGAGCGAGGCGACAGGGACAAGCGUUUCUUCACCAGCGAGGAGCGGGUCAACGACUGUCUCUGUCCAAGCAGCACCUCACGCAAGCUCUGCCAGCCCAAGUCAAACAGCCGGACCAGCUCUGGCCACCGCGCCCAUCGACUUUGGUCUGCGUGACGAUGUCUUGGGAGAGUUGGCUGAGCUGAUCGAUGAGCCGAAUGAUGACAUGAAGAGACGCAUCGAAACAAACAGGGCUGCCAGACAGGCAAGGGAAAGCGAGGAUGCAGCGCGUAGGGAAAUUUUAGAAAGGCGCGAUGAGGUGCCUCCCUCUUCGUCUGCAGCCUCUGCUGGACCAUCUCGACACUCAAAUGCUGCACCCCCGCCUGCCUCGUCGGCAGCAUGGUCAGGAGCAGCCUCGCCCCGAAUGCCGAACUCGGCGAACGCGUCACCAUUCAGUACGCCUCCCGGAUCUCCGUCAACGUCAUCGCGGGCUCUCAGUCCCAACAACCCCUUCCGGUCGCGGCUCGCGAGCUCCUCCGGUACGAGCAGUCCGGCCAGAUUUGCUGCGACUAAUGGACACAUACGAGCAAUUAGUCAUUCGGAAGCUGGUGGAGCUGUCCCCCUCGCUAGUGCAGCUGGUCAGAUUCCCUUUGCAACUUCGACGUUCCAAAGUCCUUGGUCAACCAAUCAGCAGUCACAGGAUGGAACACGUUGA